AUGCUGAACAACAUGACGGACUGCGAGGAGGGAGAGGGGGGACCCAACAGUCAGGGUGAUGGGAACCCUAAGGAAAGCAGUCCUUUCAUCAACAGCAGCGCAGCCAGCAUUGCAGAUAAGAGCCAUCAGUAUGACGGGAAGAAUAUGGCUCUGUUUGAGGAGGAGAUGGAUACCAGUCCAAUGGUCUCCUCUCUGCUCAGCAGUCUGGCCAACUACUCCAACCUGCCGACGGGCAGCAAAGAGCACGAAGAGGCAGAGAAUAAUGAGGAGGGGGCACGUCCGUCUAAAAAACCAAUCAAGGCUCCACAGCUGGGCACUCUGAUGGGUGUGUACUUGCCAUGCAUCCAGAAUAUUUUUGGUGUUAUCCUCUUCCUGCGGAUGACCUGGAUGGUUGGGAUUGGGGGUGUUUUUGGCUCUUUUAUAAUCGUCUUCAUGUGUUGCUCCACAACGAUGCUCACAGCCAUCUCCAUGAGUGCCAUCGCAACAAAUGGAGUCGUGCCAGCUGGAGGCUCGUAUUACAUGAUUUCUCGCUCUCUGGGGCCUGAGUUUGGUGGAGCUGUUGGGAUCUGCUUCUACUUAGGCACCACUUUUGCAGGCGCCAUGUACAUUUUGGGCUGUAUUGAAAUUCUGCUGAUUUAUAUCGUUCCUCAGGCAGCCAUCUUUAAAAUUGAGGGUCUGGAGGGGCCUGAGGCAGAGGCCGCUCUCCUCAACAACAUGCGGGUGUACGGCACUCUGGUGCUGAGCUUCAUGGCUCUGGUGGUGUUUGUGGGAGUCAAAUAUGUGAACAAGCUGGCGCUGGUUUUCCUGGCCUGUGUCAUCCUCUCAAUCUUGGCAGUUUAUGGCGGAGUCAUCAAGACCGCCAUCGACCCCCCUGCCUUCCCCGUCUGCCUGCUGGGAAAUCGAACUCUUCUUUCCAAAGCGUAUGACGUCUGUGCAAAAGUUAUUGACAUAGACAACGAAACAGUCACCACCAAACUGUGGAGGUCUUUUUGUGAUUCUGACAGCCUCAAUGCAACAUGUGAAGAUUACUUCAUCAACAACAACGUGACAGAGAUACAGGGCAUCCCGGGGGUCACCAGUGGCAUCCUGGCAGAGAACCUGUUUGGUAACUACCUGGAAAAAGGGAUGUUCCUGGAGAAGCGUGGGCUUGCAUCGGACGCAGAUCCAGACAGUCCCACAAGUGGCUCCAACCGCUACGUCCUGGCUGACAUCACCAGCUUCUUCACCCUGCUGGUCGGGAUUUACUUCCCAUCUGUCACAGGUAUCAUGGCGGGCUCCAACCGCUCAGGAGACCUGCGUGAUGCUCAGAAGUCGAUUCCCAUUGGCACGAUUGCAGCAAUCACCACUACAUCUACUGUGUACAUGUCCUGUGUGGUGCUGUUUGGUGCCUGCAUAGAGGGAGUAGUCUUAAGGGACAAGUUUGGUGAAGGAGUCAAUGGUAACCUGGUGAUUGGGACUCUGGCGUGGCCGUCUCCGUGGGUCAUUGUGUUUGGCUCCUUCUUUUCCACGUGUGGAGCAGGACUCCAGAGUCUGACUGGAGCUCCACGUCUCCUGCAGGCCAUCUCUCGAGACGGCAUCAUCCCAUUUCUCAGAGUGUUUGGACACGGCAAAGCCAACGGGGAGCCCACCUGGGCCCUUCUGCUCACAGCCAGCAUCUGUGAAAUUGGCAUCAUUAUCGCCUCCCUGGAUGCAGUCGCACCAAUCCUCUCCAUGUUCUUCUUGAUGUGCUACAUGUUCGUCAAUCUUGCCUGUGCCCUGCAGACUUUGCUGAGGACGCCAAACUGGAGGCCACGUUUUAAGUUCUACCACUGGGCUCUGUCUUUCUUGGGUAUGAGCCUGUGCCUGUCGCUCAUGUUCAUCUGUUCCUGGUAUUACGCUAUAGUCGCCAUGGGCAUCGCCACCUGCAUCUACAAAUACAUUGAGUUCUGCAGAGCAGAGAAGGAGUGGGGUGAUGGGAUACGUGGUAUCUCUCUUAGCGCAGCACGGUUUGCCCUCAUGAGGCUGGAGGAGGGACCGCCACACACCAAAAACUGGAGACCUCAGAUUCUGGUUCUGGUGAGCGUGGAUGCUGAGCAGAACGUCGAACAGCCUCGUCUGCUCUCUCUGACCAAUCAGCUGAAAGCAGGGAAAGGCCUGACCAUUGUUGGCACCUCAGUUCAAGGGACCUUUCUUGACAACUACACUGAGGCCCAGCGGGCUGAUCAGUCUUUGCGUAAAUUGAUGGAGACAGAGAAGGUGAAGGGUUUCUCUCAAGUGGUCAUUUCCUCCAAUCUGAGGGAUGGGACAUCCCACCUGAUCCAGGUUGGAGGACUGGGAGGUCUGAAGCACAACACUGUGAUGGUCAGCUGGCCCAGAAACUGGAAACAACCAGAGUGCCACCAGCAGUUUAGAAACUUUAUUGAGGUGGUUAGGGAGACAACUGUAGCCAGUCUGGCCCUGUUGGUACCCAAGAAUAUCUCCAGCUACCCAUCCAAUGGAGAGCGCUUCACUGAGGGCCACAUAGACGUGUGGUGGAUUGUCCAUGAUGGAGGCAUGUUGAUGCUCCUGCCCUUCCUGCUGCGUCAGCAUAAGGUGUGGAGGAAGUGCAAGAUGCGCAUUUUCACUGUGGCUCAGAUGGAUGACAAUAGUAUCCAGAUGAAGAAAGACCUCAUCACCUUCCUCUAUCACCUGCGCAUUGACGCUGCGGUGGAAGUGGUGGAGAUGCAUGACAGUGACAUCUCGGCCUACACCUAUGAGAAGACACUGAUAAUGGAACAACGAUCGCAGAUCCUCAAACAGAUGCACCUGACCAAGAAUGAGAUGGAGAGAGAGAUCCAGAGUAUUACGGAUUCAUCCCGUGGGUCUAUUCGGCGUAAAAACCCGUCUGACUUGCGCUCGCAGCACAGCACUGAUGAAGGAGCCAGUGUGGCAGAGCAACCAGAGGACGAGUCUGGUGCUGUCUCCAACCCAAAACAGGUCCAGCUGAUCCACAAUAAGAAUGCCUCCACACCGACCAGCCCCACAAGCCCCACGUCUCCCGCUGCGCCCGCAGAGGGCGUUGCAACCUGGACAGACAACAAGGGCGCAGACAAGGGGAAGACCCUUUUAGCGACCCCAGAGGUGGGCAAAGACCUCUUCAACAUGAAGCCGGAAUGGGAGAACUUAAGCCAGAUUGACGUGAGGCGCAUGCACACAGCGAUGCGGCUCAAUGAGGUCAUCACAAAGAAGUCUAAGGAGGCAAAACUUGUCCUGCUCAACAUGCCUGGACCACCCAAGAACCGUGUGGGCAAUGAAAACUACAUGGAGUUCCUGGAAGUUCUCACUGAAGGUCUCAAUCGGGUCCUUCUGGUGCGUGGAGGUGGACGUGAGGUCAUCACCAUCUACUCCUGAAGGGUUUUAAGGUCUUUUAACGGCACCUACAUGAACUCUGCCCUCUCUCUCCAGUCAAUAUU